AUGCCCUUCCUCAAACGUUCGAAGUCGCAGAUGGUCGGGACUGUCAGCAAGGCGAACAUACCACAGGAAGUGCCAGAAGUGCAAGCACAGGUGCAGGCGCCUGAUGCAAUUGUUACAGCGCUGCCAGCCUUACCCACUCAUCAUCCCGUCGACCCCGAAGCCAAGAAGGACCGCCGUGCAAGCAGAUUCGAGCGUAGAUCUUCGAUCUUUGGUCGUGCCAAGUCUGUAGAUGCGCCUCGGAAGGCUUCGACUGUUGAUCGACCACGUACUGCUAAUCGUAUCUCGGAGGAGGAGCCUGUCAUGCCGUAUCGUGCUGGGUUCCUCGGGGUCGAAAAUGAGACUAUUGCUAUUCAGUCUGGUGGCGAUAUAUACAACUUUCCUACACCAUCACCACGACUGCCACCACAAUCUGCAAAGCACACGAUGUACAGUGCAUCUCCCGCCGCGGGAUCAUCAGGACGAGCAACGCCGAUAGGUGUCGCUUUUGGGUCGCCGUCACAGAUGCCGCCUACUUGGCAACGAUCAUACACAGCUGGGCAUGUUGGAGUGCCUGAGCACCGUCCGGCGUUGGUUGGACGAGCGAAUACUUCUGCUGCCCCGAUGAUGCAAGACUCCAUAGGCAUACCAGGCAAUAUACGAAAGAAGAAGUCCGGAUGGAAGACGCUGGGUGGUCUCUUUGGGCGCAAGGCCGCCAAGCCGGCGGUACCGGACCCGUUCUACAAUGUGCAAGCACAGCAGCAACCUACACUGUCACCAGCAGCACAGGAGUUCGCUCGGCGUGCUCCAGCUGCUGCAGGUGUUGCCCGACCUUUGGUCGAGACGCCAAACCCCUCGCUAGAUGGAGCCAUACGGUCGCCAAAUUCAAUCUCAUCUCACCAUUCACGAACACCAUCUAUCACUCGAGGUAUUGCACGAUUUGAGGCGCGAGCAGAAGCAGAUAGGAAGUCUUUUAUGCCAAACAUUGAAGCUAAGAUGGCACGGUCACCCUCGAGGCUAGGACGCGAGCAUAUGCCAACCGCGCGAGCGAACCCAAUGGAGGUCAUACGCGACACGGACACCCCUGAUCAACCAAAGGACACCUCUAUCAGCAGAAAGCCUAUGCUGAAAUCUGCAAGCAGACCAACGCAAAGCACAACCUAUGGCAAUCCCCGUACGCCGAAGCUGGAUACAGAUAUCCCCGAUGGUGGUAUGGAGAGGUACAGCGUAAUGUUCGAAAAGCUGCUUGAGCCCCGGCGGCAGAGUAUAUUGGAGAGGAGACAAUCGAAGGCAAGGAAAGUGCAGAAGAGCUCUUUCAAAAAGGAGCUGCCUGCAACGCCAGAGAUUGAGCAGAUUGGGACCACGGCCAGCCGAGAUGUGCCUAUGGGUAGCGUGCCGCAAAGGAGUGUCACGUCUCCUCACCUGAAUCGCGUGCCGUCUCUGGCCAUCCGCACAGGCUCGAAGCCAGAUGCAAAGCCACAAGAAGCGAAAUCCGUGGAUAUUUAUCGUCCACGUCCACUUACACGGUCCAAGACUGCACCUCCGGGUGUGUCGCCAGUGGCACCCAACUUCUCGCGACCAAAGACGGCGACUGUUACCAGUUCAGAUUCUGAGGCCACUCCCGACUCUCCGAUAUAUGGCGAGAAUUCACUGCCACCUACACCGACGAGUGUAGCCACCACAAUGGCCGAGCACGAUGGCAUAACAGUCCUGCUCCACGACCCCAUGCCGACCGUCCGACACCAACCCAGCGGAACCGGCACAACCUGGGACCUCCUCACCCACAGCAACAACAGCAACCCAAAAGCCAUGGACCUCAGCCCCGCCUCUUCAGACAAUUCCAGAGCAAAGAAACCCCAGCACAUCAGCGCCGCAUAUCCCCGGAUUAAGUCUCCAGGGGAUCUGGAAAGGCAGAUCGUGCAGGUCUCGGUGGCGAGACAAGUUAGUAGCCAUAUCGUCCAACUUGAUUCUAUACUCUCUCACCACACACAAUGCCAUAAACACAACCUCACCACCCACCGAGCGGACAUGCCUCACUACACCAUCCCCAUCCACGCCGACUCCGGCCGCAACACCCCCAGACCACCGCCCACCACCACCUUCGCGCUCGCCGACCCCCCCUACCAGGGUCAACUCCCCACCGACACCACCUCCUACCACCACUCCACCCCCGACACAGCGAUAAUAAUCGACAAUGGCUCUUCCUCCAUCCGCGCCGGCUGGCAAACAGAUGCUCUUCCACGCCUCCGAUUCCCACCUCUCAUGGCGCGCUACACCGACCGCAAACUCAAUCGCAAGCUGAUGUUCAUUGGAAGCGAGAUCUACUUUGAUGGGACGGCGAGAGGGCAAGCGAAGAGUAUCUAUGAGCCAGGGACCAAUAUUGUCAAUAAUUGGGAUGUGCAGGAGGGGUGUUUGGAUUACAUCUUCAUGAAGAUGGGGGUUGAUGGGCAAGGGGCGGUGGGUGGUGGUGGUGGGGUGGACCGACCGAUUGUGAUGACAGAGCCGUUGGCUAAUACGACGUACACGAGGAAGGUGAUGAGUGAGAUUCUGUAUGAGUUGUAUAACGUGCCGGCUGUAGCUUAUGGGGUGGACAGUCUGUUUAGUUAUGAUUUCAAUGGUGGGAGGACGGGAUUGGUGGUUAGUAGUGCGCAUAUGAGCACCCACCUCAUUCCAGUCGUGGACCGACAGCCUUUGAUCAGUCAGGCGACAAGAUUGGAUUGGGGACGAGCGCAGUGUGUGGAGUUCCUGACGCGGUUGUUGAAGACGAAGUAUCCAGGCCUGAUUACUAGCAGUAAAGUCAUGGAUACGCAGAUUGAGGAGCUGGUGCGGGAGCAUUGUUAUGUUACUCAGGAUUAUCGAGGAGAGGCUACGCGGAUGUUAGAGUGGAGUGGGUUGGAGGAUAGGGAUCAGUUGGUGCAGUUGCCUUUUCAGGAGAAGGAGGUUGUGCGAAAGACAGAGGAGGAGGUGAGGCUUGCGGAGGAGAGGAAGAGGGAGAGUGGAAGGAGGUUGCAGGAGCAGGCGGCGAAGAUGAGGUUGGAUAAAUUGAUCAAGAAGGAGCAGGAGAUGGAGUAUUUGAAGGAUGUCCUGGUCAGAGUGCAAGAUGCGCCAACCAAGAAGUCGGCGAGGGAGAUGUUGGAUGAGGAGGAGUUCAAGGAUGAGGCAACACUGGAUAGGAAGAUCAAGGAGAUGGAGAAGACGAUUCGCAAGCAGCGCAACAAGGAUGUAGGAGACCUGGAAGAGGAGAUUAAGGAGGAGCCUACAUAUCCGCUGUUGGGCAUACCGGAUGAAGAACUCGACGAGGAGAGCAUCAAAGCGAAGAGAGCACAGCGUCUACUAAAAGCCAACCAUGAUGCACGAGCCCGAGCAAAGGCGGAGAAGGAGGCGGAGAAGGCACGUCAGGCGGAGGUCCAGCGACAAGACGACGCCUACCGAGAACGAGACUUCGAAAGCUGGGUCGGCGAUCGACGUGCGGAACGUCAAACAGUUGUCCAACGAAUCCGAGACCGCGACAGGCUAAAAGCAGAUUUGGGCAAUCGCAAAUCCCAAGCCAGUCAAAUGCGCAUGAAACACAUCGCCAACCUCGCCUCCGACAACCCAAACGGCAAAAAGCGCCGCCGCAACGACAAGGACGAUGAUGGUUUCGGCGCCGACGACGCAGACUGGGGUAUCUACCGCGAAAUCCAAGCCGGUCGCAACGACGAAGACGAGGACGACGAGGAGGAGGAUCUCGGGGCGCAGCUCAAGACUAUUGAAGCACAAUUACUCCAAUUCGACCCCGACUUUACUGAACAGAGUACGCAGGAGGCCCAGCGCGAUUGGACGAAGAGUCUAUAUCAUGCUUUUGCCCGAGGCCCGUACGCCUUUGAUCAGGAGAGUGCGAAGGAGAGCGCGCAGUUCCAUCUUAACGUCGAGAGGAUCCGGGUUCCGGAAGUGCUAUUCCAGCCUUCGAUUGCUGGGGUGGAUCAAGCCGGGAUCGUGGAGUUGGCGGAGGGGAUCAUGAUGGAUCGGCUUUCGGGGCAUGCGGCACGGGAUGCUAUGCUCGAGGAUGUCUUUGUUACGGGCGGGUAUGCGCUUUUCAGGGGAUUUGAGGAGAGGCUGAGGAGUGAGCUUGAGGCUGUCUUGCCGUAUGAGGCACAAGUGAGGGUUAGGACUGCGAGGGAUCCGGUGCUGGAUGCUUGGAGGGGUGCGGCGGGGUGGGCAGGUAGGGCGGAGUCGAGAAGGGAGUUUGUGACGAGGCAGGAGUGGAUGGAGAAGGGCGGGGAGUAUUUGAGGGAGCAUAAUUUGGGGAAUGUGUUUACUUGA